AUGCCAAGUUUCCAGUGCCACUCACACUCAGCCAGAAGCAUCACUUACUUCUACCCCUCACAGACAAGGCCAUCCCCCAGCACUGUGCUCCCAAAAGCUGGGCACCCAAAGGAGAACGCCCAACCACACCCAGCAUCAGGCAGCAGCCACAGCAACAUGGACUUUAUUGAACGUCCCGGACCAGGGCAUUCAGGAAAGCAGUGGAAGCGCAGCAUCAGCCAGAGGCCUCUCCCAGCCCCCAACCCCAGCCUCCCCUGUGGCACCGCGCUGCCAGAGCUCUGUUACCAGUACAUUUGGUAG